UACCAGAAGUAGGCUACUAUGGAGGACCAGCUGCUGUGCUGCGAGGUGGACUCCAUCAGGAGAGCCUACCAGGACGUCAACCUGCUCAACGACCGAGUUCUACACACCAUGCUGAAGGCAGAGGAAAACUACCUACCGUCGCCAAACUACUUCAAGUGUGUUCAGAAAGAAAUUGUACCCAAAAUGAGGAAAAUAGUUGCCACCUGGAUGUUAGAGGUCUGCGAGGAACAGAAAUGUGAGGAGGAGGUUUUUCCGCUGGCUAUGAACUAUUUGGACAGAUUUUUAUCAGUGGAGGCCACCAGGAAAACAAGGCUACAGCUGCUGGGAGCUACAUGCAUGUUUCUAGCAUCCAAGAUGAAGGAGACUGUGCCCUUAACGGCGGAGAAACUCUGUAUCUACACGGACAACUCGGUCCAGCCCGGAGAGCUGCUGCAAAUGGAGCUGCUGGUUCUCAACAAGCUGAAGUGGGAUCUGGCUUCAGUCACGCCUCACGACUUCAUCGAGCACUUCCUGUCCAAGCUGAAGAUCUACCCGUCCACCAAGCAGAUCCUCAGGAAACACGCCCAGACCUUUGUGGCUCUCUGUGCUACAGAUGUCAACUUCAUCGCCAGUCCUCCGUCCAUGGUGGCUGCGGGCAGCGUGGUGGCAGCUGUUCAAGGUCUUUACCUGAAAAGCCAAGAUGCCUCUUUGUCCUCCCAGAAUCUCACCAACUUCCUGUCGCAGGUCAUUCGCAGUGACCCGGACUGCUUGCGGGCAUGUCAGGAGCAGAUAGAGUCUCUGCUGGAGUCCAGCCUGCGGCAGGCUCAGCAGCACAGCGGCACAACAGAAACCAAACGCGUGGACGAGGACGUGGACCUUUCCUGCACCCCGACAGACGUCAGAGACAUCAACAUCUGAAAUGACUAACAUCUGCAUCGCAUGAUGAUCUGAUGAUCGAGGGAAAGUUGUCGACAGAGGGUAGUGACGGGUGAGCUGGGGAGGGGGUGCCUCAUCUGAACUUGGCCUCCCCCCCUCCCCCUUCUUCGCGGCGGGCUGCUAUCAUGGCUGACACGUCCUUCACAUGUCUGCUGUCCCAUACUGCUGCCAAGACGGAACAGAGCGCCCCCUGCCUGCCCCGCAGCAAAUCCCAAGUCACAUUUCCUGCCAGUGUCCCCUCCCAUCCUGGGUUAAGAAAUGAACACUACAGAGAUGUACCAGAGAGAGAAAAAGACACAGAAUACUGAUGGCCUGCGAGGGCUGGAGUUGAAGCCACACAGCAGACAUUUUAGUAGAUAGUUUUUCUUAUUCCCUCAAAUAUUAAACUAGGAAUCUUUAAAUUACAGCAGACUCAACUUGCCUACUAAAACAUCCCAAAGUGUCAUGUACAGUAGGUCCUUGUAGUCUGCCUUCAGGUCUUCACCUGAAAUCUGACUUUUAUUAAAGAGUUUAAUUUCUCUUCUGUUAUGUAGAAUGUUUUAGACUGUCCAAGCUCCCGUGUUUGUCUUGUUGCAGUGCAGACAUUCAUAUAUCCCUGCUUGCUUGUGUUUAGUCACUUUAUUAUAUAUCAUUUUAGACCUUUUUGUCAGUUAGUCUUAAACCUCUUUUCCUCCAAGCUUUUUGUUUUGUAAACCAAGUGUAGUGUGAGACGCUCAGUUUUUAUGACCCUAGUGGACUGUGGACUGCUGAUGUUCAGGUUUGGACAAAUGGGAUUCUUUAUUCAUUUGUGGACAACUUUCACAUUACCCGUUUCAGCUUGGUGUAGUUUGAUAAGAUCAAAAGCAGAGCCAUCCACAGUCUGUUAUGUUUCCUUUCUCUGUGUAGUUUAAGCUAAACCAUUCCAACUUUGUUUUCUAUAAAAAAAGCACUUUUGGUCAGCGCUGCUGGUCGUCUAAAAAAAAUCACAGUGAUAAAGUUUGUAAAACAACAUGAUAAUGGAAUGGGGGUGUGAGCAGGAGUCUUUUGGUGAUGGAGUGAGAGCAGCGCCUGCUGACAGUUGCACCCGGAUGGGAUUCCUCUAAUGGGACAAAAGAAUCGACCAGUAUGGCAGAAAUAUAUUUUUUAAAAACAAGAUGAAUGCUGCUUGACAUGAGUCUCAUAGAGCCAGGCGCUUGCUGUAGCUGCCUUCCAAGUCUCAGAUUUGAGGUUUAGUUCAACAAAUGUUUCAUACAGGCAGAGCUGCUCUUACAUUACAAUUGUGACAUUGGUUUAGUUAAACCUCAGUGCGCAGAGCCAAAAGCUGAAGGUCCACACGUAAAGUAAAAACAAGUAUUCAAAUAAUACUUUAUUUUUAUAUAGAUAAACAUUAUUUAUUUUUCUUAGCCUGCAUUUUCCUAGUUUGCUAACUAACCGUGGCUCCACCUACUGAUACUUAACUAUGUCUCCAGAGCAGCUCCGCCAUCCAGAACUAUUUGUAAAACUAAAGCUCCAGUCUGCCUCUAAAUCACCAGGACAACAUCUCCUCCGUCACUCCACCUCAGUUCAACAACUGCUCAUGGAUUCUGGGAAGGCGAUGAAGCUAAAAAAAAAAAAGGAAGAGGAGUGUUGAGACUAUUGACAUGAUUUUGCACAAACCUAAAAGACGUAGGCUGCGUUUCUUGGGGACUUGCCUAAAAAAAAAAAAAAGGAGAGCAAAACUGGCUAGAGUACAGAGGGGGGGGGGGGAGGGGACAGGCAGCAGAAGUGGCAAAAAGGGUGAAGGCUCAACAGGGAGGUGUGUCUUAAUGCUGUAGAGUUCAAGUCAGGGUUCCUACGCAGGACGGGAAUGUUGUGACCAGGUUGAUAUAUAUAUAUAUACUUUUAUAUAUGACGAUGGACAGAUUACUACAAGCAGGAGGGCUCUCUUCAAAUCCAAUUCUGAAAAAAGUAUUGAUUUGAAAAGUAUGCCCACUGUGUAGGGACCUUGAUAAUUAGGCUUCUGAUUGUACAUUAAGGAUAGAGAGUAGGAGAAAAACACUCCUUGUAUUCCGCUGCUAUAGAAAAUAAAUCCCAGCUACGUGUUUUAAAAAAAAAAAAAGGAAAAAAAAGAAAAGAUGAUAAAAACGUAACGGAUUAAAAACGAUGCUUUUCUCUUGUUUGCUGCUACAUUUUUGGUUGUUUUUUUAUACAUAUAAAUGUCAAUAUACUGCCAUUCUAGGUUUGAAUUUUCUCAUAGAAAAUUGUUAUUGACAUCCUCAUUUGUUUUUAUGUAGAGUCUAUGUGAUCAGUUUUGUUUUGUUUAUAAUUACGUAAUAUGAUUUUCUGAACUAUUCCAAAAAACAAGGAAAAAUGAGACAAUGUACAGAAAUGCUUUGAUCCACAAUACCUCAUGUGACAGUCAAGAUUUAUCUCUAAUUUUAGUCUUUUUAUUUGUUUAGUUCUUAUUCUAUUCUACGCGUUGGUUCAGUGCCUACUGGCUCUGUUCAACCGGCUCGAGGUGAAGCAUCCGUGAUGGAAACCAGCGAGUCCAGGCAAUGCUUUGAUACUGGUGCCAUAACAGAAAAUGGGACAUGUAUAACUCUGUUGAGUGUUAAGCUGUCUCGGUGAAAGAGACUUUAUCCCCCCUUUAGGCCCACUGCGGUCUUCUUUCCUUUCCCAUUUUUAUAUUUAUAAAAGAAAAAAAGCUUUUUGCUCCAAUUUUCAAACUGUCAGUGAGUUGAUUUGAGUUUGUAAAUAGAUUCAGUGUCUUGCUCGGUAAGCCAUAGACUGUUUUUGUUUUGUUUUUACAAAUCAUUCCACACAGUUGUGUCUACUUCAUGCCAGUGGUCUGCAACUGGGACAAACAUUGUAUUCAUAUUUGUGUCAACUACACAAUAAAAACAUGAAUUAGAUGGA